CGCGGGUGGUGCGGAUGCCUAGAGAGACCUACCUCCCCGCGGGCAGGGAGGGGGUCAUCAUGUGCCCCGUGCAGGCUGAGCCACCCAUGCAGUUCGUCAACUGGACCAAAGAUGGGGACACCCUGAACUUUGACCAGUUCCCAGGCUGGAUAGUGAACUCUGAGGGCUCCGUGUUCAUCACCACAGCCAAUGAUGACGCAGUGGGCGUGUACACCUGCACCGCAUACAACAGCUACGGCACCAUGGGCCAGUCCGAGCCCACACAGGUCAUCCUGCAGGACCCCCCUGCGUUUAACGUGACCCCACGGGCCGAGUACCUGCAGGAGGUGGGAAGGGACCUGCUCAUCCCCUGCACCGUCACCGGAGACCCCACCCCCAACAUCACCUGGGCCAAGGUUGGCCCCGUUCCUCGUUCUCCGUUCUCCGUGUUCUCUAACGGUUCUCUGCUUCUCCGGCCGCUGAGCAAGGACCACCAGGGAGCGUGGGAGUGUACAGCCAGUAACCGCGUAGCAACCGCCACCGUGGCAACAGUCGUUCUAGUCCUAGGUACGAGUCCGCACGCCGUGUCCUCCGUGUCCGUGUCGCCUGAGAUGCACCAGGCCAACGUGUCGUGGGAGCCCGGCUUCGACGGAGGAUACACUCAGAAGUUCACCGUCUGGGUGAAGCCGACGGCCCGGGGCAAACACGAGUGGCAGUCUCUGACGGUGCCCACGACCAAAACCAACCUGCUGGUGACGGGGCUGCUGGCCGGAACCAGCUACCAGUUCAGCGUGCUGCCCCAGAACAAGCUGGGCUCAGGGCCCUUCAGCGAGAUCGUCACCGUCAGAACCACAGCCCCACCCACAGACCCACCCACUGUGGUGUCCACGUUAGCAGCGCUAGCUCCUCCCACAUCGCUGUCAGUCAAUCGCACCUCAGAGGGCAUUCUCCUGCAGUGGGUCCCGCCCCCCGGGGAAUCUCUACCAAUCACAAGCUUCGUCCUGCAGGCUCGGCUUGAGGGGGGGAAGUGGGUGACCCUGAAUGGAACUAUCGACGCCAACAGCACUAACAUGCUAGUGCUGGGCCUGCUCAAGGACUCCCUCUAUGACCUGCGGAUGCUGACGCGUAGAGACCAACUGGUCAGCGAACCGAGUGAAUCAGUCAACUUCUCCACUUCAGGGAUGGACAUGUACCCCUCCUCCAACCUGCUGGCCUUCAUCCCAGAGCCUCUCCUGGCGGGCGUGAUCGCAGGAGUGUGCUUCCUUUUCGCCACCAUCGUGCUGUCGCUGGUCACGAUCUGCUUCAUGAGUCACAGGAGAGAGAGGAAGAAGCGCAAGCGGAGAAACGAUAUCCCCUCAGCCCUUCGGAGGACUCCGUCUCCAGAACUUCGCUCGCCCAAUGGCAGCCCUGACAGCGUGCUGAAGAUGAAGCUGUGCCCCCCCCUGUCCUUCUUCCCCAGCUCCUCCUCUUCCUCGGACCGCUCCUCCUUCGACAAAGGCAGCCGCAGCGAGUACCACGACCAGCGCAAGCAGCUGCUGGCCAGCUCCUCACCGCCCCCGCGCUACACCUUCUUCGAGAGCCACAUGGGGGGGUCGCCCUCCCCCACCUCCGCCCUGGAGUCCAUCGCCCGAGGCCCCGACGGGCGCUUCGUUGUCCAGGGUUACGCCCCGGGCUCCACCCCCGCCCACAUCAAGAGGAGCCUGAAGAAGGAGUUCCCACAAUCCCCUGGGAGGGACAGCAGUCGGGGGGGUUCUCUUCGGGACUCCCCCAAACCCGGCCUCUUACACCCAGACAAGCAGGAGAAGAGGGGCUCUCCCCUCGCUCUGACUGUGGAGGCGCCCCCCCACCUGGAGAAGCUGACCCAGUCUCCGGGCCGAGUCAGAAUCAUGGCCCGCAACUUCUCCCGGCACGGCUGCUUCUACUCGGACGACGGGCAGGGCUGCUCGGAGGCUCUGCUGGAGCGGGCCAGCUUCCACUCCGACUGCAGUGAGAAACGGGCCCGAGACUCCCUGAAGCGGUUCCGUGUGCUGGGCAACCCCGAGGACCUCUUUCCCGGGUUGGGCCACCGGGCUACGGGCCUGGAGCGCGAGAGGCUCCCCCACGCCAGCUACCAGCCAAUGGACCGGGACAGCCAGCUGAGCCCCAACAGCACGGUUCUGACCCGAGUGGAGGGCGAGAGCGACCUGAGCCGGUGCCUGCAGCUGGCGCGGGAGCGCGAGGAGAUGGAGAGGGAGCUGGAGGGGUACACCUCUGGUUGCCAUGGGCGCGAGCGAACCAGGGAGGAGCGGCGGGCCAAGUCCGUCAGCCCCCUCCGCACCUGCCGCAGCCCCGCGCCCAUGGCAACCAGAGCGCCGGAGCAGGAGGAGGACCCGGUGUGGAAACCCCAGGAUGUGAGCCUGCGCCCGAGGACCCAGCGGCCCAGCAGCUUGGCACACAGGGCGUCGGACUACAGGAGGGCCUGCUACUUCAGCAACACCAGCAGCCCCAUGGGCCGCGUGCUGCCCAACUCCACCUCCCACAUCUCCUGGGACAUCAGCCCCGUCAGUUCGCCCACUAGCCUGGUGCCCCCCCAUAGUCUGUCAGAGGGGAACGCGCUGCACGCCUUGCGCCCCCUCUCCCCCCUCAGGGUGCCUCCUGCGGACGACUCCGCAGCUGUGGACGGCUCUCGCUCCCCCGUCACCCAGUGCACCUCCCUGUCCCUCCUCUCUCCUACUUCACACGGCCCGGUGACCUCUGACCUCGGCCUGGCCGGGAGUCUGUGGCUUGACCGGUCUGCUGAGAGACACCCGGCGGAGGUGCUGUUGGGCCGGUCCCCUACAGUUGAUCAGAUCCGGGUUGAGGUGAGAGAAUCUGAGUCGGGGCCCUCGGGGGCCCCACCUUUCCCUGUGUGCAACGACCCUCUCCAGUCGGUGUCUGCAAGCGUGCGGCGCAUCGAGGCGGAGCGAGCUGCGAGUCCUCGGCCGACCCUGCAGGACUCCAGCAGACCGGCGUCCCCUGUGCCAGAGGUGCCAGGCAGGGACGAGGAGCGCGCCGGGCCCAGCCGCACCCCCUCGGGCUGCUCCACCCUCCCCUACGAGCAGCAGAGGCCGGGCACCCGGGGGAAGGCCCCCGCCCGGGACGGCACCACCGUGGAGGAUCUGGCCAGCUCGUCAGCGCUGCUGGACCCGGAGAGGGAGGCGGUGCGGGCGCGGUCCAGGAAGAGCGAGCGGCUGCAGUUCGACGAGAGCCCGGGCCGCGCCUCGCCCCUGACCCUGCUGGAGAACGAGUGCGAGAGCGACCAGUCCAACUUCUCGCGCAUGUCCGAGAGCUUGAAGGCCCGGCUGGUCCCCCCGCUGCCUUCCAGGAUGUCCCCCGUGCAGACCAGCGCCAUCCUGGAGUACCUGAGCAUGCCGGGCUUCAUCGAGAUGAGUGUGGACGAGCCGGUGGAGGAGAGCGCCGCUCCCUCACCGACCCUCUGGCCCAGCUCCGACCCCGAGGCCUCCUCUCUGCUCACGGGAGAACCCGACGUCGUCCCCAAAAACUGGGACGCUCACACACAGGACGGCUCCCCACCGAGCCUCACCCAGCAGGUAGGGGUGGUAGAGGAAAACAAAACACCCGUAAUUCCCGUGGGGCAGCCCAGCGCCUCGGAGGCACCAUCACAAAGGAGCUCUGUCUCCAGGGACUCCCGACUCCAGCCGCCUGCUCCUGAGGCAGGUGUGAAGUCUCUGAGUCCAGACAGUAGCCAGCCUCUGCUCUCUGUGAAGUCUGUGAGUCCAGCCCGUCAGGCUCAGCGGAUGGGCUCCGAUGUGGCUCACACCCUCGUCAGCACAGCCAGGGAGCGUUGCCGCGGUCGCCUCGGGAACCCCGGAGCGGUUUGAGCGUCUGCCCCCGCAGUCCAGCUCCAGGGACCCCCAGAGGGAGCGCUCGCAGGCCAGCAGGACCAAUAAGAUCGCCUCCCGCAUCUACCAGGCCCCCGUCC